AACGCUAUUAGAAGGAUUCGGUAUUGUUGUCUGUCUCUGACGUGUUUUAGCAGGUUAAGCAGUAGCUGACUAGCCUUAGCGUUUGGGGUAGCGUUGGCUGCCAUAGCAACCGCUACAGAAACAUUAGGCUAACUGUUAUGUUAGCUUGAACCAUGACGUCGAUUAGACUUGAAUAUAUAGUUUAACGAUACACAGCUACUUAAUGUCACAAGCCAAUACCAUCUCCUUGCGCCGUUGCUCAUAUUACUUUGUCGCAAAUUAGUUUCUGCGUUCAUAUCAAGUCGUCGAUGAUACCAGACUGUUGUAUUGUUGUGGUACAGAGUUUAGCUAACUUGUUAAUUUUCAUUACAUGGUCAGUAAGCUAACGUUAGCCACCAAGGCCGUAGACUGAAGUUAAGCCAAUCGCCACCGAUAUGUAAACGAUGUCAGCAUUAUCUUAAUGUGUGUUUCAAACGGUAUCGUACUAAAUUAGCAGAACUUUAAGUCAAUUUUGUGAUGUUAUUAAACGGAUUGCUAAUAUUGCAAAUCAGUGACGGAGUCUUGCCUAACUUAGCUGCUACUGAUCUAAUUGCUGAUGUAAUUAAUUAACCUACUUAAACUAAUCUACGGCGCAUAGUAGUUAGCAUUGGGAGCUAACGUUACGAGGUUUUGUUCAAAAUGUACGAGCAUUCUUUGCUAGUACCAAUUUAAAUGUUUUGCUGGUAAUUGAAUAGUACGGCAUUGUUCCAGGCUUUUAUUUUGACAAUUGAAAGUGUCUAAUUAAAAUUUACUUUAAAUUGUAUUUAAUUAUUUAACCUACAGUCAUCCACGUUUAUCAUUUUUCACGUGAAAUCUCACCUACCUGCAAGUCUCCCAUGUUUUUUUUUUUUUUUUGAUAAAUGGAGAACUUGGAUGUAAUUAUCUUCAAUUCCAGCAGUUGAUGUAAAUGUUCUUUCAGGAUUAAUCUUGAACUAGCAUGGAUGGCGACUGUAAUGGCCGAUCCUUCAUGUCAGGUAGUGGGGAAUCGUCGCUGGAAAGAGAGUUUUCAGGAGCCCUUGGUGGUGUGACAGUGAGCACCCCAAAUAGUAAGGAGAACUCUCCAAGACGCUCCCUCAGUGCCAACUCCGUUAAAGUGGAGUUGUACAGCGAUGAAGACUUGGGCCGUGUUCAUGACGAUGAAAGAACAGAGAGGGUAGAAGAUGAAGGUCCAGAGCAGGGAUCAGAAUCUGAUGGAGCCUACAGGGAGUUGACCAAUUCUGAAGCAAUGCCAUCUGCAGCUACCAGACUGCCAAAUGGAAAGCUAAAGUGUGACAUUUGUGGAAUGAUCUGCAUUGGACCUAAUGUUCUCAUGGUGCACAAACGCAGUCAUACAGGAGAAAGACCAUUUCAGUGCAAUCAGUGUGGCGCCUCUUUCACCCAAAAGGGUAACCUGCUCCGCCACAUCAAGCUGCACUCAGGGGAGAAGCCUUUCAAAUGUCCCUUUUGCAGCUAUGCCUGUCGAAGACGAGAUGCCCUUACUGGUCAUCUACGCACUCAUGCAGUGUCUUCUCCAACUAUAGGGAAGCCAUUUAAAUGCAGUUAUUGCGGCCGUUGUUACAAGCAACAGAGCACCCUGGAGGAGCAUCGUGAACGUUGUCAUGGAUACCUAAAGAGUCUGGAAUCACAACCAAUGAACAAUGCUCAAAAUCUAGGAGAGGAAAUGAGAGAACUAGAGUUUGUACCAGACUCUCUUCUGCAACCCUCCUCAGACAGGAUUGCAUUUAUUGAUCGGCUCGCCAACAGCAUCACCAAACGAAAAAGAGCCACUCCACAAAAAUUCAUAGGGCAGAAGCACAUCCGACUCAACCUUGCAGAUGAAUCAUACGACCUGACUUCUGAUUUGGAUAAAGGUGAGGACAUGCAGGCAGGGGACCUUGAAGCUCCACACUUUACUGGCCUUGGAGGAGAAUACACAGCAGCUGUGGCAGGUAAUAAAAGUGGGGUAUCAGACAAACUUAUGCCUCUACACCUUCGCAGCACUCACCAUUCUUGUUUGACAGAUCUCAAACCGAUCCACUGCUCCACUCACACUCCUGUUGCUCUAGGCCCAAGGUUGGAUUGUUUGGGAACCGGGGCCAGGCUGGGGGUUGUAGGUGUAGGGGGAAGGGAAGCUGCUGAGGGUCACGAAGACCUAGCCGUGGGUCAAAGUCAUGCACCUUCCCCUAGCAAUGGGUUUCAGGACUCCACAGACACAGAAAGCAUGCUAGAUGAGCCAUGUAAUAGCACAGCUCCGGUUGCCACUUUGCACAGUAACAAUGGGCAACAACACCUCAUUCACUCCAACAACCACGUCAUCAGACCUGCCCCUCAUUUCCACCACAGAAGCCGGGACAGACGCAGUCCCAGCCAUGCCAAAGAACACGAAGUGUACAGAGAAGAUGGAGGACACGUGGCCCUCCUACCUCCUGCUCUUGCUCCGACCUCCAGCUCACCUACAGCACCCUCCUCCACUUCCAGAGAAUCCCUCCGGGUUGUGGAUGGGGAGGGGCGAGCUGUGCGUUCCUUCCGUUGCGACCACUGCCGUGUGCUUUUUCUGGAUCAUGUCAUGUUUACCAUCCACAUGGGUUGCCAUGGUUUCCGUCAACCCUUUGAGUGUAACAUCUGUGGCCAUCGCAGUCAGGACCGAUAUGAAUUUUCUUCACACAUCGUCCGCGGAGAGCACAUCGUUGACUGAGGCGAAAAGCUGGACAGCUGAUGUCACUUAGAGCUUGUUGAACUCCAACAAGGACCUGGCUGGGUUUGUUCUGCACAGAGGGACACUGAUGCUGAAUGUUCCUUUAUUUCUUGUGACAUUUUAAUAACAAAUGCUUUUGGGCAUUUAAAAGGUAAAAGAAUAUCUUCACCUACAGAUGUGCCUUGCGCCAAUAUUCAGAGUAUUAACAUAUAAAUGUUUAAUUUAAAAUACGAAAGCUAAAAAGUGCAGAUCAAACUCAAAACCAGGUCCAUGUUACUUAAAUGUUUGAACAGGUGUGUGAGUGAGUGAGUGGGGGGGGGGGGGGGUCUACUAUUUAGAAAUGCACUUUGGUUUAGAAAAGAGGUGAAAUGAAGAAUCUGUGUGUGUGUGUGUGUGUUAGAGGACCUGAGGGACCCCCUUUUUCUGUAAAUUGGAAAGAUGAAGGCCCUUGUUUGUGUUGAUGCCAUGUUGGAUAGUGUGGGUCUUGUAUGACAGCUUUUGUUGCACUGAUACCAUCCAGGAUUCUGUGAAUAUCUGAAACUAUUUUCUAGAUGACAUUAACGACCUGCAUGUCUCGAACAGCGUGAGGACAGGACCUGGUGGGUUGUUCUGCUCUGAAGGAAAUCACUGCCAGAGUCUGAGGAGAUUAUAUAAAGAGAUUAUCUGUAGUUUCCUUUUUCAUGAAUACGUGGAAUUACAACCCAACUCUUAAUAUGUAAGAAAUUUAUUUAUCCUAUAUUUAAAACUAUGUUUUGUCAUUGUAUUGUGCCUUUCUUCCCCUUAUUUCCCAGA